GUAGCAGCACAGCGGUCUAACACUGAUAAUCGUCCAAUUCCAUUCAAGCCGCUCGAUCGCGAGUUACACGGCCGCGCGCUCGCGCUGUCCUCGUCACCGUCUCUCUCUCACACAUUCGCUCUUCGUGUGGUGUACAAUCUGUCACUUUUUUUCUUGCACAGUGUUUUGAUCAUAAACACAACAGUACCGUCAGAAACAAGACAGUACAAAACAUAUUUACACGAGAUACAAUCGUUGCCGGCGUACGACUCAUAAACUUUCAUCGCGCCGCUGUAGUGCUGGUAAACGACAGGACUACGCCCGGUAUAGGCUUUUAAAAACAAUCAUACAUAAAAAAAUCACUCUUCAACCAGUAACAUACGUGCUGUUUAAGCCAACUUACUUGGGAUUUUCAAUUUUUACAUUUAUCGGGUGCGCCGCGUCCCCGACCGAGUGUUCGUCAACAACCGUCAAGCGGUAAUCAUCGUCAAGUCGGCGCAAGAGGACACACAUGUCUAGUUGGUGGUAAAAUGGGCAAGAAGGGCAAGAAGACUAGAUGGCGAGAGCUGCCCAUCACGUUAGCGGACAAGCCGUACACGGCGCCAGACCAACAGCAAGGACGGCAUUCUACGGACACCAAACCGGUAAACUUUGCCGCAGCGGCCGGUAGACGUGCCGGUGGAAACAGCGGUGGACACAACGGCGGCAGUGGCAAUGGGAAUGGUUACCAUCACCCUCCGUACCAACACCAGCAACCUCAUCGAGUCGGAGGUAGUAACCACGCGAUCUCCAACACAGGAGGCCAAUUAAAUGCGACUUCCACCACCGUUACCUUUAACGAGGACGAGUACACGAAGAUUACAACACCUAGACAGGACGUGUUAUUCAAAAAAGGUUAUCUGGGAAGACGUAAAAACACUUUAGUGCCAGUAAUUAAUGAGGUUAUGAACGAAAACGAAGAUAUUCUAACCCCAGAAGCCAUGGGUCAAGUGGAUGAAAUGUGUCCGCCCGGCGAUUACAUCGAUCCUUCUGCUCUGUAUUUCAUUAACGGUAGUGGAUAUGAAGUUUAUGACCCCUACACUGGUAACAUUACUGUGUUAAUGGGUCCACCUCCUGGACCUUAUCCUCCGGCUGGUCAUCCAAUGAUGGCUGCUAUGCCGUACCAAACAAUGCCACUUCAACCUGUUGAAUGGUUUAAUCCGACCAAUUUACCACAUCCGGGUAGCGAACCAUGGACUCCAAGCCUAUAUCAAUCUUAUAGACACAGCAAAAAGCACAUGUCUGCAGAUGCCCAACAAAACGGUAGUGCUCAAAGUUCGGAAGCUGAUGGCAGUGUCCAUGAACUCGGAUCUGAUGACCAACAGACCUUGUACCAAACACCACAGCCAUACUUUUACCCAAGUUACAUGUUUGGUGCUCCAAUGUACAAUUAUAACGGUGUUAGUAUCCAAGUGCCUCUUCCACAAUCACCUCCUUCUCCAUCGUUGAGCUACGAUUACACUAAUGGUAAACGACGAAAGAAAAAGAAGCGCAGAAAGCGAGGAGGCGUUUCUGAGGAGUAUUCUGACUCUAGUUCAGAAGAACAAAAGAGUCAGUCUGGCGCUAGUAGUGAUUUAAUUCUAGAUUCGGAGAAAACAUCUGAUUCUGGUGUAUUAACUAAUAAUAGUGGUGGUUCGACUCCGGUUAACGUCAUUCCCGUCCAGUUAUCCCAUAAUGCACCUGCUUUCCACAUGGACUGUCCUCAACCGUUUGAAAUUAUCCAUGGGACACCUAUAUUGGUUCAUCAUCAUCCAGAUCACAUGGCUGCAUUUUAUCAACCAAUAACACAAUAUACAGAUCACUUAGCAUCAAUUGAAUAUGAAGUUAUACCAGAAGAACAACUACCCGCUGAAGUAUCAACUGAUGAUCGACCAGAUGGUGAACCUACUGCAGGAUAUUCGGCUGAAAACUCAGACUCCGGAAUAAGUUCACCCAAUAGUGAAGUAAUGGUCAAAGAAUCAACAGAGGAAAAACAAUCAAAAUCUCAGACCACAAACAGCGUAAACGGUCAAACAACUUCUAAAAGAAAUAGAAACAAAAAAAGUAAACAAAGAGGUGGAGGAGACAAAUCUAUUGUGGUAGUAGUUGAAUCUAUUACUAAGACUAAAAAUAAAGAAAUUCAAAAAUCCCAUCACGAAACAAGUAAUAAUAGUGGAGGCAACAAAAAAUCAUCAAAAAUCGCCAAAGAACCACCAAUUAUUAAAAAGUUAAAUGCUAGAAAGUUUAAAUGUAAAACAGAAAAAGAUAAUGAUAGUAAUGGUAAGUGUUCUUCUGAAAAAAAACAUGUGACAAGAACUGCGAUUGAAACUGUGUCUGAUAUAACGACACAAAUAGAUCAACUUGUGAUAAAUCCUAUAGAUGACGAAGAAUUUUGCUCGCUGGAAUGUACUCCUAGAUCUAUCGCGGACGGUGGACGUUUCCCCUUUACUAAAACGCAUUCGGUCGACUCUUGUGACUCUGUCGAAGAAGAGACUUUUGCCACGGCUGUGAAUACAGGAAAUUCGGACACUGAAAACGAGGUAGGCUGCAGGCAAGAUGAUUCAGCACCAAUAAUGGUCAAGACUGAUAAUGAUCCUGAAGUGACAUUGACACGAGCUAUCUUGCCUGGACCCAUUACCGAAGCCGUAACUAAAUGGCUUAAUGAUCAAGGUGGACUGGUGUUGGCAUCUACAACAUGCCUUCAGGAUGAUGACACGGAGGUGACGACUGAUGACGAAUGUGACAGUGAGUAUGACGACUUCGAAGAACAGCCAAUCAGUCCAAAAAACAUGAAAAGCAACCCUUGUCCCCUUGCGCCGUCUCAUAGUAAUGAAGAGGAGGGUUCAAGGGUUGCUUGUACAACUGUUGCUGGAGGACCGGGACAAAAAAAACAGUCCGAUAGCAGUUUAUUGCCCAGUGGCAUUUGUUGUCUGACUCAAUAAGACAAAAGACAGUCCUAUUCGUACUAUUUAAAUCAUUGUCAUCAUCAUCACAAAAAUAUUUACUAUAAGUAUUUUGUCUAAGAUCCCAUCUGUACAAAUAUAUAAUAAGAUAGCACAAAAAAAAAUUAUCAAAAUUAAGUCAAUUGGUAAACUUAUUAUCUUUAUCAUAAGGUUGUAAACUACACGGUUCCUCGGCAAAAUUGAAAACAACAAAUUUAUUAAUAUUUACUAUUCUAAUAUCUAUACGAAUAUUUUAUAGCCUCUUUUCAGCCUAUCAUAUAAUCAUAAAAUUAUAUAUUUUAAGUAUUCAACUAUUAAAUACUUUUUAUUAUAUUAUAGUUAUAUUUAUAUAAAUAUAAAACCAUCAAAAAUGAAGGAAAAUCAAAAAUGAUACUGGUGAUUUUUGAAUCGCGUUAAUAUGGUACAAUGUUUUUCUUUCAUUUUUAUUAACCAUUAAAAAUAUGGUGUAAUUUUGAGACUGCUUUUUUGGAUCUUCCCGACGGGAGUAAUAUGUUGAUAAGUUCAUUAUAAAAUUUGUUAAUCGUUAUCGUUAAACAUUAAAUAUAAUAUUUUUGUCGUAAACAAUCACGUUUUGGUAUAACAUAAACAAAAUUAUUAAAACUAUAAUGAUUUAUUGUUGUCAUUUUAUUAAAUUUUAAUGUGUGAAUUAGUAGGUACCCUGGCCCAGAACUCUAAAUUUUGAUGAAACCAUUAUACAUUUUGCUUGAAACCAUAUAGUCAGUUUACUAUUAUUAUUAUUUGUAUAACUUAGUUUGCUUUGGUGUAUUAAAAUAUUGCAUUAAUUGAAAAAUAAUUAUUCAAUAUUUCUACUGUAGAUUAGUAAUUCAUUAAAAUCUGUUUUUUUUCGAGUGGUAUCUAAAUCGUUUCUGGCAAAUCAUUAUAUUUUUUUGUUUGUAAAUAUAAAAAAGUUCAAACUACAACAAAAAUAUUCAUUAUACAUAAUAACAACAAGGUUGUACGUUUUCUUUAAAGAUAUAAAUUAUUUAUAUAUUUUUGAAUUUGCUUUAUUAUAUCAAAUAUUGUUAGUAAUCGAAUUAAUGCUCAAUUAUUAGUUUCCUCAUUAUGAUUUAAUUUUUAGAAUUAAACUCCCGAUAAAUUUUAAUCACAUUUUAUGGUAAACCCUAUCCUUAGAUUUUAUUUCUGUCCGGUUCAUUGUAUGUAGGCAAUUAAGUUAAUUUUUAACAUUUAGUUCUUAUAUAUUCUUAAAAUUAACAAUUAAUGGCCUAAAAAGGAGGCUCUGUCUGAAUUUGGUGCUUAUAUACUUAAAAAACAAAAUCGAACAAUUCAAAUCUAUUGUACCCAAGUAUAAUCUUCUAAAAAUUGAUUAUUAAUGUAUUAUACAAAUUGAAUAAUACUUAUUAAUGUGUUACAAAUUUUUUAGGUGAUAUUAUAUUGUUUUUUAAAUAAAAAAACCUGAAUAAUAAAAUGUUAUGUUAUUGAAAAAUUUUAAUUUGUAAAAAAAUAUUUUUAGUAUCAUAAAAUGCAUGUUUAUGUUUUAUUUUUAACAAAAAAUCAUUAUUCAUGUAUCUUGAUCAUUUUAAUGUAAAAGUUUUACUUCAAUUAACAAUUUAGUUAAAAUUACAAAUUAAUUUAAUAGAAAAUACAUUAUAAAUUUAUAUAAAAACUGUAUGUGUUAUUUAUUACACAAAAACUAAUCAAAUUCAAAUAUUUCAUAUUCUGUUUAUUGUUUAAAAAAAUAGUUAUAUUUUUAUAAAUGAACAUUCAAUAAUUUCGAAGUUUAUCUACUAACUAAUAGCUUUUAUAAGUAUGCUUCCCUCAGGUCCAACAAAGACUUACAUUUAUAGAGUUAUAAAAUCUGUUAUAUGUGUAUUUAUUAAAUUGUGUUAAAAUUGUAUACAUUUAAAUUAACUCAGAAAUUUAUAAUUUUUUCAAAAUAUACGUUUUUUCUUUUCUGAAAUAAAUAAUAAAUUUACUAGCAUUUUUGAAAGAAAAUAACCUAUUAUCAUAUUUAAUCAACUUAAAUAUAAUAUUUACUAUAAUAAACAAUAAUAUACAUGAUUUAACUUAUGAUUAUAUUUGAUUGGUUAUGAUAAAUAAAUAAAAAAUAUCUAUUUUCAAGUGUUAAUAAAUAAUAAAAUAAAUAAAUAUCAAUAUUUUCCUUAUAUAUUAUUAAACUGUACAAUCAUUUUGUAUAUUAUUUAUUACAAAUGACGAACAGAUAUGUCGUAAAAUUAGUAUAUUGUUAUUGAUUUUGCACUUUUAAAAUCAUUAAUAAUAUCACCAUAACAAUUACAGUAUUAAAUAAAAAAUUGUACUACGUUUUUUGAAUCUAUAUAAAAUAGUCAAAACAGUACUAAAUUUAAUAUCAACACUUUUAUAAAUCGGUUUGUUAUGGUCAAUCACUCUACAAGGGGAAUAACUAUCAUGUAAUGUAAUGCAAGUUUAGGCUUUUGAUAAUAAGUGCCUUAGGUCAUUCCUUUUAUGAGAAACUAGAACAUAUAUAUUAAAGUAUAUUAUGUUUUGAUUUUGCUGUAUGUCGCAUUGCCAUUUGUUUCUUGUUUAGAAAAUUGUCAUUAAAGUUUAAAUUAUUAUUAUAUUAUGUAAAUGGUUGAUAUGCAUGCUGAUUUUAUUUUAUUGUUCCAUAAUUUGGAAGGAAAAUAUUUAAUAUUUAUUAAAUAAAUAAAUUAAAGUA